AUGUCUGCCAGCAAAGUAGCAACUUUCAAGAUGUUCAGAGAUUACGAGCUAUCGGAUGGCGGUUCUUUAACAGCAGUCACACACAAUGGGCGGCACAUGACGCUUGUGACCUGUAGUGGGGAAUGCCUCGGAGCCGGUUGGGACGUAUGCAAGGCAGUGAACUUCCAAGAGGACCGACGAUCAUGCGUAUUGCUGUCAGAGCAAAGGAGCGCCACGAACACUGUUGUCCAGACUGCUGGUACUACGUAUCUGGAGGCGAGCAUUGCACCACAGUCGUGUCUAGACUGGAAUCGCGUGUACGGCAGCACAGUCAGUGGCAGUCACGUGAUCGACCCAGACGGCCCGUACACCGGUCUGGACCCCUUCCCAGUCUACUGCGACUUCCAAGAGAAUCCACCUGUUGCCAAAAUAUACCAUAACAAGGCCUCGGUCACCGUAGACGGGUAUGAGCCAAAUGCCUCCUUCCAGACUGACGUUGUUUACGAGUUGUCCAUGGCACAGAUGCUCAGUGUUAUUAACGCAUCAACGAGCUGUAAACAGUAUUUGAAAGUGAGGUGUAUUGGGACGUACUUUUUUGGGUCGCUAACAGAGGCAGGGCACAACAUCUACUGGAGUUCUCGCGAUGGCGAGAGGAUGCUCUACUGGGGCGGAGGAAAUCCGAACGGAUGGGGCUGCGCAUGCGCUCUUGAUAAUACCUGUGUUUCCUCCAAUCUGGGGCUUUGCAACUGUAACACUAACGACGGCAACUGGAGAGAGGACGAGGGCUACGUCACCGACACAUCCAAGCUGCCCGUGUCUCAGCUUCACGGAGGAGAUACCGGAAGUUCCGGUGAGGAAAUCCAUUUCACUGUCGGCCCCCUCGAAUGUGUUCUCUAG